GGAGGGGGAACGUCGUCGCGUCGCGGUGGAGCGAGACAGACCAGGAACUGACGCAUUUGAAUCGGAGGCCACCGCUGCGCUCCGAGGGCCCUCCUCGCUCGCCACCCGCUCACGGAGACAGGGAGAGGUCGAUGGCGAGCUCGCUGGCCCGCCUGGGAGCGGCGCUGCCACGCGCGCGCCCGUGCGCCACGGCCCGCGCCCUGCCACCGGGGCGGUGGGACGCCGCGGCGCUCGGCGCCUCCCGCCGCGCCGCGCUGAACGCUUGCAGGUGCCAAGUUCAUUCCGACGUUAAAGUAGCCCCUGCAUCGGAUCUGAAGGAUGGUAGCAAAUCUGAAACUUGGAGGAUCAAGAUGCUCUACGACGGUGAUUGCCCUCUCUGUAUGCGUGAGGUAAACAUGCUGAGAGAAAGAAACAAAUCCUAUGGAGCAAUAAAGUUUGUUGACAUAAGCUCGAAAGAUUACUCUCCAGACAACAAUCAAGGCCUUGAUUAUGAAACUGCCAUGGGGAGGAUACAUGCCAUUCUUUCAGAUGGAACUGUUGUCACAGAUGUUGAGGCAUUUAGAAAACUGUACGAGGAAGUAGGACUUGGAUGGGUCUAUGCUGUUACUAAAUAUGAGCCUGUAGCUACCAUGGCAAAUGCAGUAUAUGGUGUGUGGGCGAAAUACCGUAUGCAAAUUACAGGUCGACCUCCACUAGAAGAGAUUAUGGCAUCCCGAAGAGCUGCAGGCGAAUGUAAAGAUGACAAAGUAUGCAAGAUGUGAGCAUAAAAAAUGGAGCUGUUCGCUGCAGCUAAAAAGCAGCCGCCACCGCCGCCGCUGUAACAGUGAUUAUCCGAGUGAAAAACAGCCCCAGCUGCAGCCGCAGCUAACACGCCCAAUGCUGUUCUACUGUACUACAUACCUCACCUCUAGGCUCAUAUGCAUAGUUUUAACACUAAAAUAAUCGCUAUGGUAUUAAAAAGAAAGGUGAAUAGCUUAUUUAAUGAUUUAUCGAAGUAAAUAUAUACAUUUGUAUGUACACUGUACUGGUUUGACGGCAAGACAUUUUAUGGUGAAAACUUCCACGUAGUGUUCUGUUUU